AUGCUAAGAACGAUAUGGCAAUGUCUCAACGGGGGCCAAGACGACGACGUCUCCCUCCAUGCGGAGACAAACUGGUCGGACAAGGCUGAGAACCCUCUGAUCGACACCACCCCGGAGGCGGUCCUCGCGCAGAAAAUCGUGGAAGCGAUGCAAGAUGCAGAAAAGACGGACGACGAACUCCGCGUCAAGGUCGCGGACGUGGUGCACAUCGAGGGGUGGACAGAAUCGCUGGCCAAGGCCGUGUUGGCCCAUCUGGAUGAGGGCAUCAAGGUACGUACAUACGUCGUCUUGUAG